UAUGUUAUCACCCUUAAAUACUUCUCCGGCCGUGUAGGUCUCCUUUGAGGGUGUCCUUCUUUUCUUCCCUUGUCUAUAUUUACUUGCUGCAUAUAUCCACUCGUUUUGACUGUCCAUAUUGACAUUGUUCUGAUUCAGUCUUAUUCUUCAUUUGUUUUUUUCUUUAUUGGAAGAGUCAUCCUACUUCCCUAACGAAACAUGUCUUUGGUUCACGCAGAUAACCUGCCCCCCCAACCAUGGACGGAUAUUUUCACCGAUGACACCUGCAUUGACCGACGAAAGUGCCACCGUACUGUGCCCAUGAAGGUUCUUGCGCUUGGAGUGGGAAGAACAGGAACCGCAUCCCUCCGAAAAGCACUUGAAAGACUUGGAUAUGUCAAGACAUACCACAUGAUGUCCGCGAGUGUCGAGAAUCCCCCGGAUUGUCUGAUGUGGCACGAUGCUCUUCUAGCCAAGUACGACGGCGUGGGUCAGUUUGGGAGGAAAGAAUGGGAUCAGCUGUUGGGAGAUUGUCAGGCAGUCUGUGACUGGCCAGCUUGUGCCUUCGCAAGGGAGUUGAUCGAAGCGUACCCUAAUGCAAAAGUCAUCCUGACCACUCGUGAUGUUGACUCAUGGCAUGCAUCCGUCCUCAGAACCGUCUGGUGGCGAGUUACCGACCCCGAACAUCGCCUGGUAUCCCACUUCAGCUGGGCCGCCAGCAUGUACUUCCCCAUGCUGAACAAAUUCUUUGAAACAUUCUUCCGCGGCGAUUUCCCCAACAAGGGCAAACAGGUUUACCUGGACCAUGUGGCUGAAGUGCGCAGUCUCGUACCCUCCGAACAGCUGCUGGAAUACAAGAUCAGCGAGGGAUGGGGCCCGCUCUGCGAGUUCCUGGGCGAAGAGAUCCCCGAUACGCCCUUCCCGCGGGGGAAUGACAUGGCGGAUUUCUACGCUCGGUGUCAAAAGCGCAAUCGACGACAGAUGCUGAAUGCUCUUUUGAACGCUUUUACUGUCGGGGGGACCUUGUUGGCUACGGGAUAUGCAGGGAUGAUGGUGUUUAAGCGGUUUGUGAAGUGAAUUGAGUAUAUACUUCUUUUUUUUUUUUGGUUUGGGUAGUAUUUCUGGUGGUCCAUUUUAUGUCUUAUUGUCAAUAAUUUCUGAUACCAUGCUAUCAUUAUCCUCUGGCCGUCAGUAGGAGGCUCAUGAGAAUACAAUUUGCUACUCCUGUACCACACUGUAUUUGUAUGUGUGCAUAUGUAUUCUGAAGUACUA